AUGGAAGUUCUUACAAAUACAUUUCGCCUAUGGUUGUUUUUGCUGCUGCUGCUGCUCGUCGCAAAAGUAUACGCCGCGUUGGCCACGCCAGUGCCAGCAGGAAAUACAGCAUACGCGAAGACAGCAGAUGAAACUCGAAGCGAGCCAAGCAAAAUGAGCAAUUUCUUUCUGCAUGAGCCUUACGGUCCCAAUACCUACGCCUUUGGCUAUGAAGUGGAGGAUGCACAGACUGGCAAUAUACAGUUUCGAGAUGAGAGACGAUUUGUGAACGGCAGCAUCGAGGGCAGCUAUGGCUAUGUGCGGCCCGACGGAUACGUUCAGGUGACACGCUACAGGUCCAAUGAGGAGAGCGGCUACUUGGCGCACUCCCAAAGCUAUGCGCCGGGCGAUCAGCGUGUGGACUCCAUUUGGCCCACACAGCGCCCCGAUCUACUCAAGGUGCAGCAUGAAAUGCAGCCAGCUGUGAAUAUCAGCUGGGAUCCCAAGAGUCAUUUGAACGUGAGCGUGGAUCAGGUGGAGCACAAGGUGGCACAGCAACUGAAGCAGCAGCAUGGCCUGGAUUUGAAUCACAUCAAUGUGGCGCAGGAUGUGCUGCAGCCAGCUGUGCUGGAUAUAGUCAAUGGCAAGACGCCGCUUACGACUCAAGCCAAUGGCAGUUUAGCCUUUGAAACAUUGCACAACUUUAUAGACAAGGACUUGCCGCUGGUGCCAUUCGAGCUGCCAGCCGAUGAACUGCUUACAACAACAACAACAAUGGCUACAACUUUGGCUCCAUUGGGCAAGACAACAACGCUUGGCACAUACAACAAAGCCAAGUCCAAUAACGAUGAGAAGGCACCGCAAGUGGCCACAGUUGUGGUUAGCACCACAUUGCCACCGCCCAGGCCUUUGGUUAAUGAUAAUUCCAAUGCUAGCAGCUGGUACCACAAAAUCAUUCAGGCGAAUCGUCGUGAAUUCCUAGAGCAUUUACCAAAUUUGCAUCAACUAAACGCUUAG